GGACAAUCCAAGACUAUUAUAUAUAUGAUAAAUGUACUUUUGAAAAGUCACACAUCACAAACGAGAAAAAGGGAUACGAGCUAAUAAUAGUCAUUCAAAAUAAAUAAAUAAAUUAAACCUUUGUUUUAUUAUCAUGGCUUACACUAUCAAAGUUCCGGCAAUGGCUGCGGUUGCGACGACCAUCCUCUUUCUCGCGGUUAUGAUCGCUCCUCAGUGGACGGAGGCCAAAAAACCAAAAACGGUUGAAAAGUUGGAUCCAGUUUGCUCGUUAGCGAUCCCUGAAAUCGUCAAACAUUGCUACGCAACGGUGAGUUUGGUGCCAUCAGAAGAAUGCUGCAAUGAUCUCAAAACGGCGAGCAAGACCGAAGUGGAUUGUCUCUGCGAGAACUUCGUAGCAAAUCCCUCUAACGGCAACAUAACCCGAGCUCUCUACGACCAAAUCAAUACCGCUUGUGGCGUUCUCGACAAACUCGCCUGUAAUGGCAAACCAGGAGACGCCAACGGAGGAGCAACGAACAAGAUUGCUGCAUCAGUGGGUCUAUUUGGUUUGGUUGCAAGUCUGUUCUUAUUAAUUCAUUAAAAUUUGGGUCUACCAAUGUAAUUUUUGUUUUGUCUUUUAUAAAUCAGACCACUGGAAACUAAUAUAUUUAGCAGAAUCAACCUUUUUAAAAAGCAUUUUUCUUUAGUUUUAAAGAAACGAACGUUACAG